ACGUGAUGUUAAAUAUGACUGCUGUUUACAGCCGCCUUCUGAUAUUUUUUUUAUUAAUAUCGUUACAACCGGUAGAUGUUCAUAAAUACUUACCCGAAUGGGAGUCCUUAGAUAAACGACCACUUCCUCAAUGGUAUAAUGACGCAAAAUUUGGAAUUUUUAUACAUUGGGGAGUAUUUUCAGUACCUGCCUACGGAUCAGAAUGGUUUUGGCAGCAUUGGCAGGGUGACAAGAAAGCUAACUAUGUCCAGUUUGUAGAAAAAAACUAUAAGCCAGGUUGGACGUAUGCAGACUUUGCUAGGGAUUUCACCACUGAAUUUUAUAAUCCUGAUGAAUGGGCCGAAUUAUUCGAAUCUUCCGGCGCCAAAUAUGUUGUUCUGACGGCUAAGCAUCACGAAGGUUAUACAAAUUGGCCGUCUAAUGUAUCUUUCAAUUGGAAUUCUAAGGCUGUUGGACCAAACAAAGACCUAGUGGGGAUGCUGGCUGAUUCGAUAAGGCGUAAAACAAAUAUCCACUUCGGCUUAUAUCAUUCCCUUUACGAAUGGUUUCAUCCUUUAUAUCUUAUGGAUCAAGCAAAUAAAUUUAAAACUAAUUAUUUUGUAAAAUCAAAGACCAUGCCCGAACUGUAUGAAUUGGUAAAUACUUAUAAGCCAGAAGUAGUUUGGUCCGAUGGGGAUUGGGGAACUGGACCGGACUAUUGGGAAAGUAAAAAAUUUAUAGCCUGGUUAUACAAUGACAGUCCUGUAAGAGAUUCGGUUGUAACCAAUGAUAGGUGGGGAGUUGGUACAAUGUGCCAACAUGGGGGAGUUUUUACUUGUCAAGAUCGUUACAAUCCAGGGGUUAUUCAAAAACAUCGUUUUGAAAAUGCUUUAAAUAUCGAUAAGAAUUCAUUUGGUUAUAGAAGAGAAGCUGAUUUAUCGCAAUAUUUAACAAUUGAGGAAUUGAUAAAAACCUUAGCUAUGACUGUCAGUUGUAACGGAAACCUUUUAAUGAAUAUAGGUCCGAGAAAAGAUGGAAAAAUAUCACCCAUAUAUGAGGAAAGACUGAGACAGAUGGGUGCUUGGUUAAAAGUAAACGGAGAGGCAAUCUACAAUACUCAACCAUGGAAAAGAGCAAAUGACACAGUAUCAAAUGACAUUUGGUUUACCGCAAAAGAAAAGACCGUUUAUGGUAUUUUAUUAAAAUGGCCUAAAACAAAUAACCUACAAUUAGGAAUGAUUCAACCCAUUCAAGAAACACAGGUGACAAUGUUAGGUUAUCAAAAAACUUUACAUUGGCAAAAGAGAGGUUUAGGAGGAGGUAUAUCAAUCGAAAUGCCAAAUAUUCCUCUUCCCCUUCUACCUAAUCCUUAUGCCUGGGUGUUAAAAUUUGAAAAGUUAUAAGUUUUAACUAAAAAACAAGAGUUUAAUGAUUGUUAAAAACUUUUUAUUGAAUUUAUGCUUCAGUUGAAUUCAAUUUUGAUACUUCAUAACUAAAAUUACCUUUAUAUUAGUUUAAUACAAAUAUCUAUAUAUAUAUAGUUUCUCUUUUUAACCAACCUUAACGUUUGUCCAAUUAGUUUAAAAUGAACGCCCUAUUUAUUCUAAGUACUGCCAAAUCAGGAGUGCUCACCGGCUAUACAACCUAUUUGAUAAUCUAAUCUUCCACAGGCUUGACAAGUCUGAAAGAAGGUUUAAAUAAUUUACCAUUGACACAAAUAGACCGGUUUUAAUUACCCCCUGUUAGUCCAUUGUAAGAAUGUAGACGACAAUUGUAGUAAAUAAUGUUUUUUAAAAGAUAAAGAAAACCUUAUAUAGCUAUAAUAUAUUAAAGAAAGGAGUCUUUUUUAAAAAUCAUUUAAACUUACUCCAAAGACCGGAAGCUGUUAAUUAAAGAUUUUACAAAAAUUUUAAAUAUAACUUGUUGUAUAAUACUUACUAUUGGCUGCGUAAGAAUAAAAAUAGCUUUAAAAUUAAGUGAUUAAUACUGAUAUUCUAGUGUUUACCCCUUCGUGCCAAGUACAUGCGG